AUGACAUCGCAAAAACAGCUCGAACAAAAGCAGAAUUUAGGAUCGCGAUUAACGCACUUCGAAAAUUUAAUUGAAGAAGGAAGUUUAAGUGUAGAUGAACUAAGAAGGCGUUACGAACGUCUUACCAAACAAGUAGAUGAUUAUGAAUCAUUGUAUGAAAAGUGUGGUAAUAACAGUGCCGGAGAGACAGGAGUCGACGAUCUAGACCAACUCAUAGAAAGAUAUCACGUGAUCGGAGACAAAAUUCAUUUAAACGAUACCGCCGCAGUUAACAACCCGAAUAACUCUAACGAAAACAACGAUAUCACGAAAACUCGCGAUCAACAAAUACAAUUACGGCGUCUUGAGAUCCCGCGAUUCGACGGGAAUAUAGGGAAAUGGAUCCCAUUUAAAUCUAGCUUGUUAACCCUCGUAGACGCGCGUAGUGAUAUAUCGGACUUAGAAAAACACGUAUACUUUCGCGACUCCUUUCCCGGCGAGGCCCUUCAAACGAUCGAACAUUAUCAAUUAACCGGGGAAAAAUAUAAGGACGCGUGGGGAGCCUUACUGAGGGCGUUCGAUGUACCACGUAUACUAUUAGCCCGGGUAAUCGACGCGUUAAUCGACAUACCCCGACCGAAGGCCGGAUCAGCGAAGGACGUAACUGCAUUUUUGAACGAACUGCGUUCUCACAUCUCCACACUUGAGACAUUUAAUGAAAGUUCAGUGGCCUGGCAAGUACGCCUCGCUGAACGCGCGUUACCCCCCGAGAUGCUACAAGAAUGGAACAAACAGAUAGAUUCCGACGAAUAUCUGACUAUCGAGCAAUUCUUUAAUUUUUUAACCCGAUAUGCGCGUGCGUGUGCUUCGCUGGAAACGUCAUCAACUCCGCGAACCUCGAGCCCCGCGCAAAACGUAAAUAUCCCGAGAAGAUGA